AUGCUCCUGCCACCUCCAUUCACAUCAAGAGAGCAUGGUGACUGGACACUGUUUUGUGAUUGCACAGAGUUUGAAACUGCGGAGUUUUUAUAUAUGAAAAAUCAAAUGUCUGGCAGUGAUGUUGACAAGCUUAUAGACACCCCACCAUUCACUGACCACAAAGACUUGUAUUCAACCAUCAAUGUAAUACCCCUUGGAGAAGUCACAUGGGAGAACUUCACAAUGAAGUUUAAUGGAGAAGGCUUAGUUCCCAGUGAUUCUGACUCAGAGGCUCGCACCCCAUGGAUGGAUACUCCUUACACUGCAUGGUUCCAAGAUCCACAUGCUGUGGUCCACAACAUGCUUGCCAAUCCAGACUUCAAGGACAAGAUGGAGUACAUGCCUUAUCAUGAAUGGAAGGGAGAGGGAGGUGAUGCAAAACGGCAGUGGCACAAUGUCAUGUUGGGAGACUGGGCAUGGAAUCAAGCUGAUGAAAUCGCCAAAGAUCCAGCAACACAUGGUUCAACUUUCAUACCCAUCCUUCUUGGAAGUGACAAGACAACGGUCUCGGUCACAACCAGACAAAAUGAUUAUUAUCCACUCUAUGCAUCAAUCGGCAAUGUGAAGAAUAAUGUUCACUGCACUCAUUGCAAUGCUGUCACUGUUGUUGGCUUUUUAGCCAUACCAAAGACUGUAAAACAAUAUUCUGAGGAUACCUUCAUGACUGUUCCUGAGGUUGUGCACUUUGGGGACAGUCACUUUCGACGUGUCAUUUAUGGCUUAGGACCAUACAUCACAGAUUAUCCAGAACAGGUCGUACUUUCUUGUAUUGUAUCAAAUUGGUGUGCUAAAUGUUUUGCUUUGCCAGCAGACCUAGAUGGCAAAGAUGUCCAACUUCAUGCUCAAAUAGUCACAAACAUCCUUUGUGAUAAUGUUGACUUCAGUACACUGUGGUAUCAGUGGGGUGUUGAUGCUGACAUUGUACUGUUUACGAACAAUUAUCCACAUGCUGACAUUCACAAACUUCUGUCCCCCAAUAUCCUGCAUCAACUUAUCAAGGGUACCUUCAAAGACCACCUUGUCAUCUGGGUCGAGAAGUACUUAGAAUGCAUACAUGGAAAAACUCAUGCUAAGGUGGUAAUGGAUGACAUAGAUAGAAGAAUUGCUGCAGCACCAUCAUUUGCAGGCCUUUGCUGGUUUCCUCAAGGCCACAACAAUUCAAAGGCCUUAAUGAAGGUCUACUUGCCUGCAAUUGAGGGACAUGUCCCCAAUGACAUUGAUAUUAUCACAGAGAACACACUUGAGGAAAUCAAGGAGGCCCUUGACCGGUUUCACUGUUAUUGCAAGAUUUUUCAAGAGACUGGUCAUUCCCUGAUGCAUUAUGUUAUGCUUAUCUGCAUGUUUGGCGCACCAAAUGGUGUGUGUUCAUCCAUAACAGAUAAAUUUAACACACUGGGACAGAUGUUACUAACAAAUCAGCACCUUGAUAAACUUGCUGCUGCACGUACAGACUUCAUGGCACAUGGAAUGUUAGUGGAUGACAAUGGUGAAAUGGACGAUGGUGGUGAAGUGGACAACAGUGGUGAGGCAGAUGAGAGGGGCAAGGAAGAUGAAAGCAAUGAGGAAGAUGAUGGUGCAGUGGAGGGAGCCCAAGUGCAAUAUGAUGAACAUACAUCUGACACCAUCCCGCUUAGUGCUUGCCCCAGAUUUGAAGGUCACAUCAAGGUCUUUGGCUCUGCAGUAUCUACUUUCUUUGCACCGAGUGAUCCCAGUGGUAUUGGGGGAAUGCAACACAAACAUAUCCAUUCUGUCCCUUCAUGGCACAGAGGUCCAGGAUGCUAUGACACUGUAUUUGUGAACACUGGAAGUGAGGAUGGAAUACACAGUAUGGAAGUUGUCCAUGUGCUAUGUUUUUUUCCCUUCCAUUAUCUUGUCUCUGACAAGCCUGAUCCUGGAAAUGGAAUGUGGAUGAGCUCAACACUCGGGAGCUCUCAAUCAUCAUUACAAUAUGCAGCUCACUUGCUGUCCAUCUUUGGCGAGGAAUUUGUCCCAGAGAAAGCCACAUUCCACGAGACUCUAGAUACUUACUGUGGGUUCUAUGUUAACAAAUUUGCAGAUCAUCAUUCUUUUGAAAUAGCGUCUUGA